GCUCCUGCUACAGCUACGUCUCUUCUCUGUCUCUCUUUGUCUUUCCGUUUCUCCUACUGUCUCCCACUGUCUCCCUCUGUCUCUCUCGCUCCAUCUCCCGAAUGACCACCCUCCAACAGACCUCCGCCGCCCAGUCCAACCUCGGCCCGUCCGAGGCGCCCUCGCGCGCCCCCUCCCCCCCAGGCGUGGUGAUACGGCGCGCGACCCCCGCCGACGCCGCCGCUAUCGCGGACAUCGGCGCGCGCGUCUUCCACGCGACCUUUGCGCACACGUGUUCCCAGGAAGACAUGGACGAGUACCUCGGCGAGAACUUUACCGAGGCCGUGAUUCUGCAGGAGCUCAAGGACGCGGCGAAGAGCGUGCAUGUUGCGUGUGUCCCGGCGUCGUCGCCUUCUUCCCCAAUCCCCACGCCCUCCGCACCCACCUCGGACGCCUCCACCUCUAACGCCUCGGCCGUGGACGCCUCGGCCUCGGCCUCGGCCUCGGCCUCGGCCUCCGCCCCCGCCCCCGCCUCCCGCGUCGCCGCAUUCCUCGUCCUCAACACGGCAUCGUCUGAACCAUGCGUCGAGCAUAUCCCCGCACCCCACCGCAUCGAAGUACAGCGCGUCUACGCCGAUCCGGACGUGCAGGGCCGCGGAGUCGCCAAGGCGCUCAUGGGCGCCGCGAUGGAGAUGGUGCGCGCACAGGGAUACACGUACGCCUGGCUCGGCGUGUGGGAGAACAAUGUGCGCGCGACCAAGUUUUACGAAAAGUUCGGGUUUGCGCGUGUGGGCGAGCACGAGUUUUGGUUGGGGAACGAGUGUCAGUUGGACUACAUUUUCGGGCGCGAGUUGUAGACUGUCCACGCCCCGCGGCACACCGUACGCCACACACCGCACGCCGCACGCCAUACGCCGUACGCCAUACGCCGCACACCAAAUCUAGAUCAUGCAUAUAUCGUAUUUCAC